AUGGAACCUAAUUUCGUCCUUUCAGAAAAGAAAUCUGCAUCUGGUAUUAUUACAUCCUUUAUAACAACAUACCCUAAAUUGAUUGUAAUUGAGCCAAACCAGGUGAGAAUUUGUGAUGAUUGUACCCAAGAUAACUUUCUCAAAAGGGCACGAAUAAUAAUGACAACUGGAACCACCAUUGGAGCUACCUAUCUUCAUGAACACACUUCCGGAAAGUAUUUCCUUUUUCUAUUAAAGGCAUCUGGCGCUCUCGAAUUGAUGAAUGAGGAUUUUGAACGUCUAGAUAUCAUAGAAACUGACAUAUUACAAGAUGAAGGACCCAAGUUCUUUUCUUUCGAUCCACUUAAGGAGAGCUUAUACAUUAACCUGAAGAAAGAUAAAUUAUUUGAGUUUAGGUAUAAGGCCAAGAAAAAUGGUGUGAUUUCCUUUAUUCAUAUUGGUGCUCACCAAACAGCAAUUUAUUGUUUCCCUGAUGAAAUUGUUGAUUUAAAAUCGUUUGCAGACCUGGAUGAGGAACAAAGAGAAUGCAGUGUGCUUGCAGUCUUAAUGAGGAAAAAAAGAUCAUGGAAAUUCUCAUUUCAGACAUUAUUUCGAAAAGGUUAUACGCAUAGCAGAUCAAAAAAAUCUUCCAGUUGGAUGUCGUCCCACAAUUACUUUGAAUUUUCCCCACUUUCUGAGGAAUUUGAUUACGAACCAAAUGAUGAUAUUAACUUGGUUUCGCUUUCGGUGCUUAAGGAUAUUGGUUGCUUUAUCUUUACUCCCUUACAAUCAUACUUUAUUACAAAUUCAAAUUUUGCUGAUCACCAAAUCAAUGAUAUCCUUGUAACAGAUAAAUAUAUAGGUAGAGGAAUUUGUGCGUCCUCGGAUGAAGUCCGUGCAUUAUUGGAAUCCCCCCUUCUGAACGACACUAUUACAAACUUUAACGAGUCUACGGGAAUAAUCUUUGAAUUGAUAAAGUGUGAUGGGUCCAUUAUUCAAGUAAGCUUUUCUCAGCGGUAUUUUGACACAGAUACCGGAGUUAUUUAUUGGAACGAUUUUGAAGUAACUACCAAGCCUAUGCUUUCUGAUGCUGCCUUCUGUCAAAAUACAAAAUCCAUAUCUAAACUUUUUCUUUUGGAAGUUUCUUUGUGCAUGCUCUACAUAACACAUGAUGGGCUUCUGAUCUGGGACACAAAUAGAAGUAUGAUUAUUUCAAAAGAUUCAUACAAAACAUCGCUGGAUAUAUAUACCAAGAUACUAGGAUAUGAUAUACCAAAAACAGUUUCCUGCGGGAUUAUAGACUCUGAUAUAGGGUUCUUAGAAACUCAGUUUAACGGUGUCAAAACAAGGAGUAACAUAUUAUUUCAGGUAACUGGAGACUUAACGAACAUAUGGCAUAGGGGUGAUGAUCUCUUCUGGAGUACUUCAGAUGGUACUUUAUUCAAAAACGACCAGAUUAUAGAACAAUUUGAAGUAGAUGCAUCUAUAUUUGUAUUAGCAAACGGAGAGAUAAUUAAAAACGAUGCAUUCAUAUUAUCUAUCGAUAUUAUCAAUUCUACUGGUAGAUAUUGUUACAUAACUUCAAAGGGUUGUUUACGAUGGAGUGAUAAGGAGCAAGUCUUCCACAUACCCAAUUUUAAGCAUAGUUCUCUUGUCAAUUAUCUUUUAUACUCGAUUCAAUUGACGAAAGAAUUAGAUCUGACAGUCAUGAUCAUUGACCAUGAAAUUAAUGUAUUUGAGAAUACCAAACAAACUAAAAAACUGAACUUUUCAGAUUCUAUGUCAACUCUAACCGAUCUCGCCUUAUAUUGUAAGAAUGAUACGAAGCACUUAUUACUGGUAGAUAUUGAUGGAUUAUUGAGCGUCAUCGAAUUAGGACACGAUAAAAUGGUUUUUAAAAGUAGAUUAGGUAGCAAAAUAAUGCAUUUCACCCAAAUUCCUGACUCGAGUUCUUUCAUAGUGUAUUCUGAUGAAGACGCAUUUUUGUUAACAUAUAAGUUUGCAGGAAGGUAUCGCUUGUCUUACUUCGACAUGCCAUUUUUGAUCAAGAGAACAGUUGCAAAGGAUAAUAAGAAUUUUAAUCUAUGCACCAAAGAUAACAAAAUUUAUAACAUUUCCUUUGAAAACGAACCGGUAAUAAUAAAAAAAAUUGAUUAUACAGACAAAAUGACAAUAAAUAAGUUGAUAAUGCUCCCAUGCUCAAACAGAUUUAUUAUCGCCUCCUGCUUUAGAAGUACAACAAACCACAUGGAAGUUGAUAGUAACGAAUAUAUUUCUGAUCUUUAUAUUUUUGAUAUCAAAACACCACUUUCUGGAUGGUAUUUAAAUAUACCUGAAAAAUAUAGAGAUGCAACAGUUACUGAUAUUAUGCCAAUUCCCUUCGUGAAUCCAGAAGCAAAAGGUGAAACCUCUGUUGGUGAAACCUUCUAUGCUAAAAGAGCGGCAUUUGAUAGGUGUUUUAUGGUAUCGCUAGAUUACCAUUCUAGCGAUGAGGAACAGUCUCCGAACUUAUUAUUAUAUACCAUUGAUGAAGAUACAGGAAAGGUAGACUAUCAAACUGGAAUAAGCACCUCCUAUUCUAUUACGAAAAUGCACAACUAUUAUAACCAGACAAUACUUGUUGCUGGCGGGUUUCUGCAAGCUCUUAAAGUAGAUUAUUCUGUCAAGGAAAACGCAUUCACCAUAGAUCCUGUUUCCAGCUCUUUUGAACUCCGAGGUUAUGUGACAAAUUUGAUAACUUUCCCUUAUGAAUGCCCCGAACCAGAAUCGACAAUUAUGAAAGAAGAUAGAAUUCUCUUAUCCAAUAUUCUUAAAGGUAUUCAAGAAUUUAAACUCUUUAGAACAUUGAAAACGGGACGGAUUAGAAUAGAACCUACAUUAUUUUCUGAAUCACAUCCCUUAACUAAAGAAUUUUCUGGCGUCAAACUAAUACUUGAUAUUGAGAGGGUUCAGCUACCAAAUAUCACUUGCUUUGCUGUUUGCAUGAACGGUUCAAAGAUACUACUUUAUUAUUCGAUUCACAAUGCUGAAUAUCGUUCUAUCGAAUUUGGAUUGGAUAGCCCCGUAAUUAGCUUGACUCCUGCUACAACCCCCUCAAGCUCACUACCUCCAGUAGCUAUCACUGAUGCCGAACCAAUUCAACCUUUAUUCUUUGUAAAUACUCAAAAUGGUGGAUUGUAUGUUAUUAGAACGAUCCAAGAUGAAAGACAACUAGAAGAUGCCAAAUUUCAUUUGAAUUCCAAAAUGAUAGAGCAAUAUAAAUACCUAGGAAUAAUCACUGAAAUGGAAGAUAACUUAGAUGUCCCAUUCUUUGAUGAAAGGAUCUUGAAAGUGACACCUUAA